AUGGCAGACGUCGCAAACAAUGACAUCCUCAAUGAGCUCCUCAUUGCCAAGUUGCUCGAAGAAGACAUGCUCCUCCUCGAGAAUACGAAGGCGGCUGAAGAACUGCAACUCAGGGAGGCGCUCAACUCGUCUUCCCUUGCUGCAGGUCGAUUCCCAAGAAAGAACAAGGUCCCUGCUGCGUUCACUCCCGACGAUAUGGACUACGCGCACAACAUAUUCUCGGCCGAGGUCCGAGCGUCACAAGACGCGCUGUAUGCGCAGUCACUGCAACAACUAGACGACAGUAACAUGGCUUCCAGCCGGCAAUUUGCACUGAGGCUCGCAGCCACGGAAAAGAAGUCACAGCUUGAUGCAGAAUUCGCGAAGCGUUUGCAGCAUGCGAUUGACAACGGGCAGGACAUAGAUGCGAUGAAUGACGCUGAAAGCGUCCUGGGCCAAGACACGAUUGACGAUAUAUUGGCUCGGGAUAUGAACGACAAAGGUAAGGGUAAGUCUACCGCCCAAUACAAAGGGAAGAACUUCGCGUCUCCGACUACAAGUACCAGUUCAAAGGACAUCCCCGUCCCGGGUCCAUACCGAGUAUGCGGCAUCUGCAUGGACCCCUUUCAUCCCACCCACUCCCCGGCAACAGCAGCGCGCUCCGCCAACUCGUCGUCUCGGGUCAAACACGGAUACUGCAUUUCUUGCCUCAGUAGUUACAUCAACAGCAAGCUCGACCCCGAAGGCACCGGUGCUGGAAGCGUGGGCACUGCAGCAUUCCCCAUCCGAUGCCCAGAAUGCACCAUUGCCCAGUGGCCAGAUGGUAUCUCCGAUAUCAUUGCACAACGUGUGCUAUCGGAGAAGGGUAUGAUUUUAUGGCACCAUCAAAAGCUCUUUGACAGUCUGCCGAAAUACUGGUGUCCCAACCCCCGAUGCUCGGCAUUGGUUCAAGUGGACGAAGAUUCUGAUGACCCUCGAGCCCUUUGUCCCUCUUGCAACAAGCUGAUUUGCGUCCCUUGCCGCGUUGUAUGGCACGAUGGUGAGUCGUCAGGUAUUUUUGCACUUCCAUUGGACGAGCGAUCUCCAGAAGACCAGAAGGCAUUACAGCUUGCGAAGGCCCAGAACUGGCGGAGGUGCCCAAAGUGCAGCAUGAUCGUCGAGCUUACGAUGGGCUGCAACCACAUCACUUGUCGUUGCAAGGCCGAGUUCUGCUUCAAGUGUGGAGCCAUUUGGGAUGUUAACGAGGGGCGCUGCUCUCGUGGUUCCACGUGUGAGCUGUGGGACGAAGACAUGCUCCUGGAGGCCCGCGAACGAGAUCGCGAGCGUGAAGCCAGGCGACAGCAACCUCGCCGUGCGGCCCCCGUUGCAGCUCCCGUUGCAGCCCCCGUUGCAGCCCCAGUUCCUCCGCAAUAUGCUCCUCCUCCCCCGUACGCAGCCCCGGCGGCGGGUGGUAUCUUUGGAGGCCAGGCGGCACGUAUUCUUUACGGAGGCCAGGUGGCAGGUGGUCUCUUCGGCGGCCAGGCGGCAGGUGCCCUCUUCGGUGCUCGUGGCGCAGCACCAGCACCAGUUCUCUGGAACAACAACGACGACGACGACGACGACGCCGAAGAUGAAGACGACGCGAGGAGCUACCACGACCCGGCCGACCUGCACUGGAUGCAGGAGGAGGGCGUUCUCGUCACCCGGCACUGGUUCACCGCGCAGAUGAUCAACUCGAUGACGUGCCAGUAUUGCGACGCGCAGUGCACUUCACUCGCAGACCUGCGCUACCACCUCUCGCACGUCCGCCGGCACGCUGUGUUCGCGUGCUGCGGCCGCUUCUUCAAGCGCGACGUCGACUUCGAACGGCACCAGGAGGCCAAGUACUACGGACACGAGCACACCGUCCGGCGGGAGGCGGCUUUAUAA